AUGCGUCAUGUUUUGGACGUGCUUGUUAUAGAUAACUCGAGCAUACUUGUUGCAGAUAGCGAGAAUGUUUACAAGAAUUUCAUUGAUCGACUUACUCCACACCGGAUCGAAAAAGACUUGUUAGAUGCUCUUGAUCCUGAUAUUGCAAAAUUGUAUCAGAUAGGUUCUCUUGAUUUUGACACUUUGCAACCCCUUGAUCAUUCUAAGGCAGAACGCUGCAAUUGGCCUGGAAUCGCUCUCCAUGUCGUCUACGACGAAGAACAUUACGGGAUAUCCUGGUUUAUAUGCGAGGCCAGUCUCCAUCUUAACCGGGCCUCUCCUCUUCGACCGAAGUAUAACCGCAAAGGAGUUGACGAGGGUAAUGUUGAGACUGCUAUAGAACUCCGUCUAGGCGCAAAAGAUCUUUUGCUGUCGCACGAUCCCGACAUUCGUGCUUAUUUUGAGCGACGACAAGGCUUCUACAACCUACCAAUGUGGCGGAAACUGGAAGGACUACGACGAGGCCGUACAAUCCAGGAACAAACACACUUUAGAGAUAUUACUCUAAUGCACCGAAAGCAUCAGACCUUCGAGAACAGCGACUUGGCGAGAGACGCUGAUCCUGAAAAGGGGGACGUAACGGAAAUCUGGAUCCAAUGUUCGAUCUGCAAGCAUGCAAACACAACACGACUCGAUCGCGCACGCUAUAUGAUGGAUUUUAUGUUCGGCGCAGGCUAG